AUGUGAGAACCCAACUCAGUUGAUAGCAGCUCUGACGUAGUGACGGGAAUUUACAUUAUCAUUGCUUUAACAAUUUCCACAAAAGGUAUUUACUGCAACUGUAAUGUGGUCUUCAAGCUUAGUGGCGUGGCUUCUACUAUUGUCUUUAGGGGUCGUGAAGUCGAGACAUCGGGAAAUAUAUGGACAUUUCAACGAAAACCGAGAAAACCAAUCAUUGAGGACUAAUUUUAAAGAUGGAUAUGCUGCGAAGUUGGGUGAAGAAAGUUCCUGCGAUUUUGUAACAUGUGGAAGAGGUCAACAGUGUGAAGUAAGAGAAGCAGGGCAAGCUGUGUGCGCUUGUCGGUUGUAUUGUAAGCACCACAAUAAGCCGGUAUGCGGUACAGAUGGCAAAUUCUACAGUAGUCACUGCGAACUACAUCGAACAGCCUGUCUAAUGGGGAAAACCAUCCGAAUCGAUCGGAAAAGAGGGUGUUUGGUAAAGAAAAAAGAAUUACAGGAAACAACGACAGAAGACCAUACAUAUAUCACAGCAAAGGGUAAAAGGACAGAUAUCCCAGUUUUAUGGACUAAUAUACCGAAACCAGAAUUUACCGGUUUGACAACAACUCCCAAACCUAAGCCUGAGAAAGCCACAGAAUGUACCCAAGAAGAAUAUGAUUUCCUGAAAGAAAAUAUUUUACUACUUAACAAUAAGGAACUGACAGAUGGCAAGAAAUCAGAAAAUGAAUACCUUGUAAGCAGCAUGUUCUCUCACUAUGACCAAAACAACAAUGGACUUCUAGAAGCUGAAGAAUUAUGGCAAGUUGGUGAACGAGACCAUCUUGCCCGCUUAUCCACUGCUUGCAUAGUAGCAGACAUGUUGCUUUAUGAUGACACAAAUCAUGAUGGCAAAUUGAAUAUCAAUGAGUUUUAUCAUGCCUUUGGUGUUUCUGUUGUAACAUUGGAUAAAUCACUUGAAAUCAACCAUGUGAUAGCUCGUGUUGGGGAUAAUGUAGAGAUUAAGUGUGACAUCAGUGGAACCCCACCCCCACCUAUUGUGUGGCAAAGAAAUAAUCUUGAUUUGUCAAUUCUAAAUGAAGAAGGAAUAAAGGUGUUUGUAGAUGGCUCCUUGUACUUGACUAAUGUUCAGUUGGUUUAUGGUGGAAAUUACACAUGCUAUGCACAGAGGAACAAAGAUGUUUUCCAGACACACAUUUUACAUGUUCAUACUUUGCCUGAGGUUCAUAUCAUUCCAAAGCUGCAAUCACGAUCUCCUGGGGAGUUUGUUGAAAUGGAGUGUCAUGUGGCUGGUGUACCUACUCCAAAUGUGUCAUGGCUGAAGAAUGACUAUGAACUGAGAGUUGAAGAUGACAAGUAUACUAUUGUGGGUAAUGGAACUGCCCUCUUAAUUGGUAAGGUAACAUACAGUGAUACAGGAGCAUACAUGUGUGUAGCCUCCAACUCAGCUGGAUCCAUGAGAGAUAUUAGCUCAUUGGUUGUUCAAGAUCAACCUACUCCAACUGCUGCUCCUGAGGAGAGACGUUUCUUUGCCUUUCAUGAUUGGGGUGUGUCUGUUUACGAUCCUGAUAAUUGCCGCCUCUACCAUCAAAUGCAGAGCACCGAUAUAAUUCCUGGUACCCAGGAGUAUGUGUGUGGUGACCGAGGCAUCAAAUGCUCAUGGGGAAGGGCCAUAAAUGUGGCUGAUCGUUAUGUUUAUGUCUCACAACCUACAAAAGACAGAAUUCUAAUCAUAUCAAGGGUUCAGAUGGUAGUUGUAGAUGUGGUUGUUACAGAUAAAUAUCCUGUAGACCUGUAUUAUGUCCCUCAUCUUGACCAAAUAUGGCUCACCUGCUGGCGAGGUCCAGAUGAUCGAGGAACCAAAACAAUCCAAAUAAUCCGUGAUGCAAGUCAGAAGAGAAAACACCAUACUGUUCACCCUGAACCUGUGGAUGGACACUUUGACUUAGUGAGUGAACUGUUCAUCCCUCUGACUCAAGACUUUCGACAUCCAUGGAAAUAUGGCUUUGCUGUCCACACCAAUCAGAGGGGAAUGUAUAAACUACACCUGAAAGAAAUGAAAUAUGUGAAAACUGUGGAUUUAACUCCUUAUAACUGUGCACCUCGCAAUGCAGCUUUUGCUGCUGUUGGAGGAUAUAUUAUCUUGGAAUGCAUUGAGCCAAUCACCCAUCGACCUACAGGACAACUUGUCUUGGACUAUCUUACAGAUAUAGUUGUGUCUCACAAGAUUAACUUGUUUGGGAAACCUCAUAUUUCUCCAGAUUCUCGCUUUGUUGUAACUUUAGAAAGAACCAACACUAGUGUCAUAAUUUUUGCCCAAGAAGUAACAGAGCAAGGCUUGCAGUUUUUGUUUGAUGUGAAGACAACACUGCAGAUUAGUGACAUCGCCUAUUUCCCAUCUCCCACCACACAAAGUUAUGAUUUGUAUGCUAGCUCUUCUAAUAAGGAAGACAUCCUCUUUGUUGAUCUAGCCAAUGGGAAAGUAGAAAUGGUCACUGGCAUUGGACAAGCCAUGGACCCAGAGGUAGCAGAGUGGAAAAACACAAACCGGCCAAUGACCAGUGCAGGAAUCUUUGGCACUUACAUGGUGACCACUGCCAAUGAAGCCAUCUUUGUGGUGAAUGGUAAAACAAGAACUGUGAACUGUGAAAUUGGAAAUAUUGUCCAUCCUCGAUUGAUGGUUUGGGUGAAGUCAUCAUGAAGUCUUCUUUUUUGGAUGAGAUGCUGAUGAUUUCAUAUGUUUGUUCAGUUUAAGCAAGUUAAACUGUCAAAUUAGUUUAUUAUAAUGUUGUGGUCUGCUUGUCUACUUCACAUAGAAGGACCUGCUAAUGGCAACUUUAUUGAAAAUAUAUUAUUUCAGUAAAAAUCUCAAAUAUUAAGUUACUUGAUACCUUUUGUGAUUUAUGUUUAUAUACAUAAUUUUACUUCAUUAAGAACUGCAAGAACUGAAAUGCUCUAUCUAGUAACUUUAAUUAAACCAAAUGUAAGUUUUUCAGAAGGUCGGAGAAUAAUCACAUCUAUUUACUUAAAUUGCUUACCUUAAUUAUAAACUGUUAAUAACUUUUUAUUUAGCUCAGUUUUUUUGUUGUUGUUUUUUGUAAUCAGUAUUGUAUGAAUUGCUGAAAUUCACUUUCAUGCAUUUUCAAAGAAAAAUCUAGUCAGAGGUUUCUCAUCUCUAAAAAUAUUAUUUAAACUAAACAUUUUUUUUUAAUAUAGAUAUAGCAUUUCAGAAAAUAAAAAAUGUGUUUUGUAGCAUUAUAAUAAUCUUGCUUGUAAGAAUGAAAGAAACUUAGCUGUGUGUAAACUUACAGUAUGCAAGUUAUCUGUGUAGAAUUAUGUAAUUGAAACUAUUAAAUGAGUGAAUAACGUGGGUAUCUUGAGGCUUUGUGAAUUUUUCAAAACUUAUAACACUCCAACUAGUAAUGUAACUUAAAUUUUGGUCUGAUUCUUAUAAAACAUGUAUAUCUAAUAUAUUUAGUUUUUGAAGUGUGCAUCUAUUCUUGCAAAUAAAAUAUUUCAGUAAAUUCAGUCAAUUUUUCUCUAGAUGUUAUCACGCUGCAAUGUUUCUUGUGAAACUAAAUGUAUUUUCUUUGUCAGUCUUGGCCAUUGCUUUCAGUAAAGUUACAUAUAUAUAUAAUAUAUAUACUUUGUUUGUCUGUGUCAAAAUUUGCUAUUGCUUCCAGUGACAUUAUAUAUAUAUAUAUAUAUAUAUAUAUAUGCUUUGUUUGUGAUGUCAACCUUGGGCUUUGAUUGCAACAGUUGUAUGUAGUAUACCUUUUUUUUUAAGUGAUUUAUGUGUUGUCAUCAUGCAAAAAUAUUUCUUGGUUAAAACCUAGCAACAUUUAAUACAGAUAUGUUAGAAUAUAAAGAUUGUCUGCCAAUCUACAGGGCACAGUACUGCUCUAUUCUUCUUGUAAUUUAAGAAAAGAAACUUAGUUAAAUAUAAGAAUGAGACUGCCAGAUAAAAUCAUUACGAUUUCUUUUUUUUGUUGAAAAUCCGUAUUCUUUUUUAAAGAAGCAUUUUCUAAAUGAAAUAGUUUCACUUACUUGAAAAUUUUAUAUCGGAGAGAUUUAGAUUCUGUAUUUCACUCUCCCAAAUUUGUAGGUCAAGCAGUGUAGUUGAACCUUAUUAACUUCAGGCUUAAGUCACCUGUGCUGUGUAGUGACACUUACAUAUACUCACUUUUAUAAAUAUGUUAAAAAUACUUUUACAAUUUCAUCAAUAACAAACUUGGACUGCUGAUUUUUAGUAGUCUGUAUUUUUGUUAUUGUAUUAAACAAUGGUAUAGUGAAAGAAAAAAAAAAGAUAAAUUUUACUACAGGUACAAUUGAUGAUACUGCAUGUGUGUGUGUGUGUGUGAUAUGGCCUGAAUUACUAGAAGUUCAUAAAUAUUAAUUGGCAGCCUGUGAUUUUUUUUGAAAUAAGAUACUGUAAGUUUUUAAAAGUAAAGAUAUAAAAGAAUGUUGUACUUCAAAAGAAUACUCAAGUCAAUGGGAAGCAUUGGCCAUGUGUAAACACUGAUCUUUAUGGCUACUCUGAAAGUGUGCAAGUACAUUGUAGGUAUGAUAGAAACUUUAAAAUUAUGCAUAACAACCAUAUUCAUUGAACCAAGUUUGGGUUAUUCCACCAGGAUAGGUUUUAGUUUUGAAAGUCACAUAUAAAGCUAAUUAAGAAUCAAAUCACCAAGAAUAUAUUGUUGUCAAAGACAGUAUAUGUGAAACUGUUUAUCAACAAUAAUGUUCUGAUGCAUGUGCUAUGAUGGCAACAUAAAUAUCAUCCAACUGCCUUCUUCCACAAUCAUCAGAAGUAAUACUACACGUAGAAGGUUAUGAUAGAAAUUGGAUCCUCUUCACACUUUACAAUCACAAAUGGCUGAAGAAUAUUUUGAUUUAUACUGGUCAAUGUGUGCUAUAACACCAGCUUGUACUUUUAGAUUUGGGGAAUCUUUAAAGGCCAUUUUUGCCCUUUUAAGGAAAGUAAUUUUGGAGUAGCCACAAAGCUGGAAAAGUUGGGAAAUUUGAGAAAGGGGUAAAGAAAAUCAGAAAAUGCAGGAAAACUAUGCCCCCCCAUCUCAUUACAGGCACACUGCUUAGCUGUGCCCGUUAUUGGUAUGUUUUACCGUAAUCUUCAUCAAUCACUUAAUAAGAACUCCCGAGUGAAAAUAUAGUCAACCUCACUAUAUCUGAUACUUCCAGUGUUAUUUUAUUUGGCAAUAAUUAUCCAAUUCGUUAUAUUUCAUAAUGAGUUAUAUCACAUUCUUUUACAAAUAAAAAUGGAACAUUUUAUUGUCUACCAUAGUUGCAAUGCCCUUGUUUGUAGAUUAUUUCUGUAGUAACACAAUAUGAAGUAAUUAUGUUCUGAAGUUUUUAUUACCUGUUAUAAUCAGAUUACAAACUAAAAUGUUAUAAAUUAGGUAGAGUUAUAAUGAAAAUUGAAAAGUCAGCAUGUCAUAUACAUGUACACAUAGAUCUGGAAAAAAAUAUUUUUUAAAGUGUGACCACCUUAAAUUUUAAGUAUUUUCAUAUCAUGGGGAGAUGUACCAGUGUAACAGCAGAUGUGUGUUUUAUGGUAUGGAUAUGGGCAGUUAUUGAUCUUUUGAACUUGAAACCUUUCAUAGUAUAGAUAAAUAAUUGAGAAUGCACCCAAACUAUGACAAAGACUUACCAGUUGUAAACUAUUUAUUCUUGUAAAUUACAAACAGUAAUAAAGUGCAGAAUAAAAUCAUCUCUUAAAAAUUAUGUGAAGAGAGCUUGCACCAUUCAUCGUGGUGAAAGAUGUGCAGACUUUGAAAGUUACUGAAUUUCUUUACAGACAAUUCCUUGUGUUUAGUUCACAAAAAGUUUCAUAUGUGCCAGUAAUUAACUUAUUUAAUCUUGACAACCUGAAUGAAGAAAAUAUGCCAUGCCAUCUUUUUUUUUAUUAGAAUAUUGACUACAGGUUAGACUAAACUUUUCUUUUACUUCAUAAUUGAAUACUUUCCAGGGGCUGUGCAUACAAGAAGCUUGGGAAGGCUUAGCCUUCAAAAAUAAAUUGUCCCUCACAGGGCAUUAUUGUCACCAACUCAAAAAUACAAUAUAGUAUGUAUAGGGACAGAGAAAGAGCAAAAGAGGGUGUAUGCAUGAACUGAUUCUUAUCAACUGUGCAACCGCUCACACAUGACAGAAUAGUAUACACAAACAAAAGACUCACGCACCGCCACUGCUAAGUGCUAUUUGGAAACGAAGGUCAAAUAUAUUAAACUUCUUGGAAAUAAUAUUGCUGUGUACCUGUACAUACAUUUGGAUAUAAUGUUGGACCAACUUAUAAUUCUUUCAGUUAUUAUUGAUGUUUCAUUGUCAGUCAUGUAUGUGUAUUAAGUACACUAAAAAAAAUGGAUAGCUUACACAAUUUUGAUGUUUGUCUAAUUCCUGUGGCACUGUAGGUUUCAAUGUAUAAAAACCACAAUAAAGCUGGUCUUUCCAAAA